CCCUGACUUGCUCCGAAGCUUCAAUGUGUUCCGGAGCGAGGGACAGGGUGGCUGAACCUCGCAGGUGGUGGAGAGGCUCCCCUGGGGCUGUGGGGCUCUGCGUGGAUCCAAUGGGGCCGCUGGUGACGUGGGUGGUCCCCCUCCUCCUCCUCUUCCUGCGGUCCAGGCAGGGUGCUGCCUGCAGAACCAGUGAGUGCUGUUUUCAGGACCCACCAUAUCCGGAUGCAGACUCAGGCUCAGCCUCGGGCCCUAGGGACCUGAGCUGCUAUCGGAUAUCCAGUGCUGGUUACGAGUGUUCCUGGCAGUAUGAGGGUCCCACAGCUGGGGUCAGCCACUUCCUGCGGUGCUGCCUUAGCUCCGGGCGCUGUUGCUACUUCGCCGCAGGCUCAGCCACCAGGCUGCAGUUCUCCGACCAGGCCGGGGUGUCUGUGCUGCACACUGUCACACUCUGGGUGGAAUCCUGGGCCAGGAACCAGACAGAGAAGUCUCCUGAGGUGACCCUGCAGCUCUACAAGUCAGUUAAAUAUGAGCCUCCUCUGGGAGACAUCAAGGUGUCCAAGUUGGCUGGGCAGCUGCGUAUGGAGUGGGAGACUCCGGAUAACCAGGUUGGUGCUGAGGUGCAGUUCCGGCACCGGACGCCCAGCAGCUCAUGGAAGUUGGGUGACUGCGGACCUCAGGAUGAUGAUACUGAGUCCUGCCUCUGUCCCCUGGAGAUGAAUGUGGCCCAGGAAUUCCAGCUCCGACGACGGCGGCUGGGGAGCCAGGGGAGUUCCUGGAGCAAGUGGAGCAGCCCUGUGUGUGUUCCCCCUGAAAACCCCCCACAGCCUCAGGUGAGAUUCUCAGUGGAGCAGCUGGGCCGGGAUGGGAGGAGGCGGCUGACCCUGAAAGAGCAGCCAACCCAGCUGGAGCUUCCAGAAGGCUGUCAAGGGCCAGCGCAUGGAGCGGAGGUCACCUACCAACUGCAGCUCCACAUGCUGUCCUGCCCGUGUAAGGCCAAGGCCACCAGGACCUUGCCCCUGGAGAAAAUGCCCUAUCUCUCGGGUGCUGCCUACAACGUGGCUGUCAUCUCCUCGAACCGAUUCGGUCCUGGCCCAAACCAGACGUGGCACAUUCCUGCUGACACCCACACAGAAACAGUGGCUCUGAAUAUCAGCAUCGGAACCAACGGAACCACUGUGUAUUGGCCAGCCCGGUCUCAGAGCACGACGUACUGCAUUGAAUGGCAGCCCGUGGGCCAGGACGGAAGCCUUGCCACCUGCAACCUGACGGCGCCUCAAGACCCAGAUCCGGCUGGAAUGGCAACCUACAGCUGGAGUCGAGAGUCUGGGGCAAUGGGGCAGGAAAAGUGUUAUCACAUUACCAUCUUUGCCUCUGCGCACCCAAAGAAGCUCACCUUGUGGUCUACGGUCCUGUCCACCUACCACUUUGGGGGCAAUGCCUCAGCAGCUGGGACACCGCACCAUGUCUCAGUGAAGAAUCAUAGCUUGGACUCAGUGUCUGUGGAUUGGGCACCAUCCCUGCUGAGCACCUGUCCCGGCGUCCUAAAGGAGUAUGUUGUCCGCUGCCAAGAUGAAGACAGCAACCAGGUGUCAGAGCAUCCCGUGCAGCCCAGAGAGACCCAAGUAACCCUCAGUGGCCUGCGGGCUGGUGUAGCCUACACAGUGCAGGUGCGAGCAGACACGGCGUGGCUGAGGGGUGCCUGGAGCCAGCCCCAGCGCUUCAGCAUCAAAGUGCAGGUUUCUGAUUGGUUCAUCUUCUUCGCCUCCCUGGGGAGCUUCCUGAGCAUCCUUCUCGUGGGCGUCCUUGGCUACCUUGGCCUGAACAGGGCCACACGGCACCUGUGCCCGCCGCUGCCCACACCUUGUGCCAGCUCCGCCAUUCAGUUCCCUGCAGGGAAGGAGACUUGGCAGUGGAUCAACCCAGUGGACUUCCAGGAAGAGGCAUCCCUGCAGGAGGCUCUGGUGGUGGAGAUGUCCUGGGACAAAGGCAAGAGGACUGAGCCUCUUGAGAAGACACAGCUACCUGAGGGUGCCCCUGAGCUGGCCCUCGAUACACAGCUGUCCUUGUAGGAUGGAGACAGGUGCAAGGCCAAGAUAUGAUCACUGAGGCUCAGAGAGGGGGAUGACUCGCCUGAGGAUACGCAGCACACACAGGAGUCAAAUUUGGACCCAAAUAACCCAGAGCUCCUCCAGGCUCCAGUGCACCUGCCUCCUCUCUGCCCGGCACCUGUUGCCACGCAUCCUGUGGGGGAACCCUAGAUGCCGCCAUGAAAUGGAAGCUGCUGCACCCUGCUGGGCCUGGCAUCCGUGGAGCAGGAGCAGACCCUGCCAUUGACCUGUUCUGGAGUAGAAUAGACUGGGAAUGGGGGCAAAGGGGGCUCAGAUGGAUCCCCGGACCCUGGGCUGGCCAUCCACCCCCAGGAGCACUGGAUGGGGAGUCUGGACUCAAGGGCUCCCUGCAGCAUUGUGGGGUCUUGUAGCUGGGAGGAUCCAGGCCUAUGGGGGAAGGGGACUGUAAACAGUGUGGAAAAAAUGAUAGUCCUCCCAUCCCAUCCCCACCCCCCUAUAAAAUGGGGGUGAUGAUAAUGACCUUACACAGCUGUUCAAAAUCAUGGUAAAUGAGCCUCCUAUUGGGUAUUUUUUCCCGUUUGAAGCUUGAAUGUCCUCAAAAUCUCAAAACACGAGACUUUGAGUUCA